AUGGGUCGUGAACUACAAAAGAAGAAGCGUCGCUCCGGCCGCAUGCCGGUGCGCCAGUCAAACAAGACGAAAAAGAUUCUCAACCCGCGGGGCAACAACAUCAUUGCCGAUAACUGGGACAAGAAAGCCACCAUGUCGCAAAACUACCGCCGUCUGGGCCUCGUGUCCCGCCUUCGCGCGCCCACCGGCGGCGUCGAGGGCCGCCUCGACCAGACCUCCGUCGCCGCGCUGCAGGCCGCCCACUCCGCCGCCGACGCCGUUUCCCGCAACCCGUUCGCGAUUGACACCACCGAAAAGGCCGUCAUCACCGAGGCGCGCGUCGAGCGCGACGCCUCCGGCAAGAUCAUCCGCGUGGUCCGCGACGACAACCCCCUCAAGGACCCCCUGCGCCACCUCGACGAGGACGAUGAGGACGGCGACCAGGUCGUCACGGAGCUCGACGGCGGCGGCUACGUCAAGAACAGGAAGAGCCGGGAGGAGCACGAGGAGUGGGGCGGCAUCGUCGACGUCGACGAGGGCACGACGGACGUGGUGCGGGAGCUCGUGGAGCAGGCGCGCAACCCGGCGCCCAAGAAGGCCAGGCACCUCAGCGAGCGCGAGGCCGAGUGGCUCUCGCGGCUGGUCGCCCGGCACGGCGACGACACGCGCGCCAUGGCCAGGGACCCAAAGCUCAACCCGAUGCAGCAGACAGCGGCGGAUAUUGCGCGCAGGCUCAAGAAGCUGAAUGCGUAA